AUGCAGAUGACGUCUGGCAUCACGGGAGCAGUGGCGAUACCGUCAUGUGCUGGACCUAUAGGCGGCGGCGUGGUGAGCGCACCGCUCUGCUGUUCAUAUGAUGAAGCCACACCGUCACCGAUCCACGUUCCUCACUCAGCGAUGGCGAAACAGCAAAGGCAGAGCGCCGCCUCUGCAACAGCAGACAACGUUCGCCUAGCUGCCGCCGACCACAUUUUGGAGUACUCCGCGUGCAGUUCGUCAACACUUUCCACUCCGGACGCCUUGCGAGUGGCGUACGAACAGCUUCGAAAGGGUCUCUUCAAAAUGUCUUCACUGACUCUGGUAACUCUGUUAGGGAUGCUCGCAGCUGUGCACAUGUCAGCUGCACAAAACUCGGAUUCCUACUCGACAAUCGUCGCUAAACGAGGAGGUGCACGUGCUUUUCAUAGCUACUUCAACGUUCCGAAUGCAAAAAGGCUGAGCGUGGCGGCUCCAUACUACUUGUACGAGAAACGCGGCGGAGGACGGGCGUUCGUUGGCGGAUGGCAACCAUUUGAUGGAAUCAGCGGAAGAAUGGAACGCCGAGGUGGCGGCAGGGCAUUUUCUGGGUGGUGGGGACCUAAUGAGUACUUCAGCAGAUUCUAUGAGAAUCCUUACUAUAAGAGGUCAUCAAAUCUCUGGGAGUUUCUUGAGGAUCGCAAUGGGUUUUAA